AUGUCAAGCAGUCAAAUCGCCGCUCCAUAUGCCAUCAAGCCGUCCCAGCGGGCCAACAUCCGGCUGUCAACGGCUCAGGACAUUUACUCAUCGCUGAGCAGUUCUCUUAGCCCGCUAAAGGGACACCAGCGACCGGCCAUUCCUUUUGAUAAUGCCGCCAUGACCAAAGAAGGCGACGGCUCCUCGACUCCUGUUCAUCGCAUCCUUGAGGAUGAUUACACCGUUCCAGCGCCACCUCCACCUAGCCCUUGUGGCCGGGCUAGCCCCGACAAACACUAA